AUGGCUACGGAGUCCGCUGGAACACACAAGGACCCGGUGACGGGAGAGCUGAUCUCCAAGACGGAGCUCAAGCGGCGAGAAAAGCAGCGCGAGAAGGAGGCCAAGAAGGCCGAAAAGGCUGCUGCCGCACCCGCGAAAUCGGCAGCGAAGGCAACUGGCCCGAAUGAGGACGACUUGAAUCCAAACCAAUACUUUGAACUUCGCUCGCGUCACAUUCAAAAGCUGCGAGAGACUCAGUCGCCCAACCCGUACCCCCACAAGUUUGAGGUGUCGCUAUCAAUCUCGCGUUACAUCGAGCAGUACGGUCCGGAGGACAAGAUCAAGUCUGGCGAAAAGCUGGAAGACAUCACAGAGUGCCUUGCAGGCCGCAUCCACAAUGUCCGUCUGUCGGGUCAGAACCUCAGGUUCUACGACCUGCAUGGCGAAGGCCAGAGGGUACAGAUCAUGGCUACCAAGCAGGACGCGAAGGAUCCCGAGGCAUUCGCAUCGGUCCACGACAAUUUCAGGCGGGGAGAUAUAGUCGGAGUCAUCGGGACCCCCGCUCGCACGAAGAAGGGCGAGCUCUCGAUCGCGCCGAAGGAGAUGAUUCUCCUUGCACCAAACUUGCAUCAGCUGCCGUCUGAACAUUUCGGGCUGAAGGAUCAGGAGACGCGGUACAGGAAGCGAUACCUUGACUUGAUCCUUUCGCAGGACACACGGCGCAUCUUCCUGACGCGGAGCAAGAUCAUCAACUACGUCCGCCGCUUCUUCGACGCGCUCGGCUUCCUCGAGGUCGAGACGCCGAUGACGAGCAUGAUCGCAGGCGGUGCGACGGCGAAGCCGUUUGUCACGCACCACAACGACCUCGACCUCGACCUCUACCUCCGCGUCGCGCCCGAGCUCUACCUGAAGCAGCUCGUCGUGGGCGGGCUCGACCGCGUAUACGAGAUCGGCCGCGUGUUCCGCAAUGAGGGCAUCGACCUGACGCACAACCCCGAGUUCACAAUCUGCGAGUUCUAUAUGGCGUAUGCGGACAUGUACGACAUCAUGGACCUGACGGAGAGCUUGAUCGAGGGCAUGGUCAAGUACAUCACUGGCGGGAAGACGACGCUGCAGUACCACCCGGAGGGCAAGGACAGCGACAAGGUGUACGACCUCGAGUUCAAGCGGCCCUGGAAGCGGUAUGAUAUGAUCGAGACUCUGGAGGAGAAGCUGGGCGUGAAGUUCCCGCCUGGCGACACGCUUCACACUGAGGAGGCCAACAAGUUCUUGCGUGAAUUGUGUGUCAAGCACAACGUCGACUGCAGCGAGCCACGAACGAACGCACGGCUUCUGGACAAGCUGGUCGGCGAAUACAUUGAGCCCCUCUGCAUUUCGCCCGCCUUCAUCGUCGGUCACCCACAAGUGAUGUCACCACUCGCCAAGUGGCACCGUUCUCGGCCUGGUCUGUGUGAGCGUUUCGAGGGUUUCAUGUGCGGCAAGGAGUUCUGCAAUGCGUACACGGAGUUGAACGAUCCGUUCGAGCAACGCCUGCGCUUCGAGGAACAGGUGAGACAAAAGGAACAGGGCGAUGAUGAGGCUCAAGGCAUCGAUGAGACCUUUGUUGACGCGCUUGAGCAUGGCCUACCGCCGACUGGUGGAUGGGGCAUCGGCAUCGACCGUCUGGUGAUGUUCUUGACUGAUUCGCAGAACAUCAAGGAGGUGCUGCUCUUCCCUGCGAUGAAGCCCGUCGAAACGACGGCCAAUACGAGUGGGCCUGUCGGACCUAGUGGGCAGGUAUAG